CUCUGCUCAGUGGAGGGAAGUGGACAAGACUAUCAGAGUUGGACCGGAGGAAAGAAUCUUCUAUCUUAAAAUGUGGACACGCUGAAUGUCUUUUUCAUCAACAUUUCUUGUACCGUGACAGAGGAACUCGUUAACAAACGUUUUCGUGGUGGUGUGUUGUACAUCAAGAUGUUGGCUGUUCAUCUUGUUUCCUUCUUUUUCUCCAAACUCCAGGAGGACCCCACAAAGAAGGUGGACAGAUUUCUUCACGCCAUGCGCCUCCAUGACGACCAGCUAAGAGACAUCUCCGCUCGUUUCCUUGCUGAAAUGAGGAAGGGCCUUUCAUCGGAAAGUAACGCCGCAGCAGCGGUGAAGAUGCUGCCGACACAUGUCCGUUCUACUCCUGAUGGAUCAGAGAAAGGACAGUUUCUGGCGUUGGAUCUUGGAGGCUCCAGGUUUAAGGUGCUCCAAGUGAAAGUGAGAGAGGGCAUGGGCAUUAGGAAGGGAGGAGUGGAGAUGGAGGAGAAGACCUACCCAAUACCUAAAGAUCUACUCAUUGGGAGAGGAACAGAGCUAUUUGACCAUGUGUCAGAGUCUCUGAAGAACUUUCUGCAUGAGAAGAACAUCAGUUUGGAGAAGAAACAUCCUCUGGCCUUCACUUUCUCUUUCCCCUGUGAACAGUCCACCUUGGAUCAGGGAUUAUUGUUGAACUGGAGUAAGAACUACCGGGUGCGAGGCCUUCAGGGUAAAAAUGUGGUCCAGGCCCUCAGAGACGCUAUUGACAGAACUGGGGGUAUGGAUGUAGAGGUGUUGGCCAUGGUUAACGACACUGUAGCAACCAUGAUGACCUGCGGGUUUGAUGACCAGUACUGUGAAAUAGGACUCAUCAUUGGUACAGGCACCAAUGCAUGCUACAUGGAGGGGCUGCGUCACAUUGACCUGGUGGAGGGAGAUGAAGGCAGGAUGUGUGUGAACACUGAGUGGGGAGCAUUUGGAGAUGACGGGGCUCUGAAUGAUUACAUCACUGACUUUGACAGGGAUGUCGACGCAUCUUCCAACAACCCUGGAAAACAAAUCUUUGAGAAGAUGGUCAGUGGGAUGUAUCUGGGUGAGAUAGUGAGGCUGGUUGUAUUAAAGAUGGCUAAACUUGGACUGCUGUUUGAUGGACAUGUGUCUGAGGCCCUGAAGACUAAAGGGAAAAUAACUACUGCACAUGUUGCAGCCAUGGAGGAGUACAAAAAUGGUCUGAAGAACACCAGAAACAUUCUCAUGGACCUUGAUUUGACCCCAUCAUCUGAUGACUGUGUUGCUGUUCAACAUGUCAGCACCAUAGUGUCCUUCAGGUCCUCAAAUCUGGUGGCUGCUGGACUGGCUGCCAUCCUGAGUCGAAUUAAGCAAAACCGGAAUUUAAGGACAUUAAGAAUCACUGUAGGUGUGGAUGGAACUGUGUACAAGACUCACCCACAGUAUCCAAAACGUCUUCAUAAAGUAGUGCGUCGGUUGCUUCCCGAGUGCCAUGUCAGAUUUGUCCUCUCCGACAGCGGCAGCAGCAAAGGAGCUGCCUUGGUAACAGCAGUGGCCCAACGACUGGCAUCACAAAGGCAACAGGUGGAUGAGACGCUGUCUCCGUUCAGACUGAGCCAAGAGCAGCUCCAGCUUGUCAAGGCCAGGAUGAGGACGGGGCUGGAAGCUGGGCUGAAGAGUAAAGCCCCCUCUGCCAUCAAGAUGCUGCCUUCUUUUGUGUACCACACACCUGAUGGCACAGAGCAUGGAAAGUACCUUGCAUUGGAUCUGGGAGGAACAAACUUCAGAGUGUUACUGGUGAACUUUAAAAAAGGUCUGCAACAGAACUCUCGAGUUUACCAUAAGAUCUACACCAUACCACUGGAGAUAAUGCAGGGCACUGGAGAAGAGUUGUUUGAUCAUAUAGCGCAGUGUGUUAGUGACUUCCUGGACUACAUGGGGAUGAAGAACGCUCAUCUUCCUGCAGGCUUCACCUUCUCUUUCCCCUGCGAGCAGACAGCUAUCGACACGGGCACACUGGUGAGCUGGACCAAAGGCUUCAAGGCCACGGACUGUGAAGGACAAGAUGUUGUUAGCAUGCUGAGGGAGGCCAUCAAGAGACGCAAUGAAUUUGACUUGGACAUCGUAGCAGUAGUAAAUGACACAGUUGGGACCAUGAUGAGCUGUGCUUAUGAAGAUCCUCAGUGUGAAAUUGGACUAAUUGCUGGAACUGGUACAAAUGUUUGUUACAUGGAGGAGGUGAAGAACAUUGAGAAGACUGAACGAAAGAAAGGAAAAACGGAAAGAGAAGAGGGCAUGCUUGAAGGAGAAGACGAUAAGCAGGGUGAUAGGACAGCAGUAGAGAAAAAGAAGGGGGAUGCUGAGAUACAAAAGAUGUGUAUAAACACAGAGUGGGGAGGGUUGGGUGAUGAUGGCUCUCUGGAUGACAUCAUCACACCUUAUGACAUUGAGGUGAACCAAAACUCAAUAAACCCUGGAAAACAAAGGUUUGAAAAGCUGACCAGUGGGAUGUAUUUAGGAGAAGUUGUCCGUCAGGUGUUGCUAGAUCUAACCAGAGGAGGUCUGCUGUUCAGAGGACAUGUCACUGAAGCUUUAAAAACACCUGGAAUAUUCCAAACCAAAUAUCUGUCCCAAAUAGAGAGUGACCGCCUGGCCCUACUGCAGGUCAGAUCUAUUCUCCAACAGCUGGGGCUUGACAGCACCUGUGAUGACAGCAUCAUAGUCAAAGAGGUAUGUGGAGCUGUGUCACGUCGUGCGGGUCAGCUGUGUGGGGCAGGAAUGGCAGCUGUGGUUGACAAAAUCAGAGAGAACCGAGGACUGGACCAUCUGAACAUCACUGUAGGGGUGGACGGGGCGCUCUACAAACAACAUCCGCAUUUCUCUGAAGUCCUCAAAGAGACUGCCAGAGUUUUGGCACCUCAGUGUAACGUGACUUUCCUGCCAUCAGAGGAAGGCAGCGGGAAGGGUGCUGCCCUCAUCACAGCUGUGGCCAGACAGAAGCAAUAGAGAUGAACACUGACAUGACUGGAAAAAAAGGAUUUACCAAAGUUUUUUCUUUCACUUUUCUCAUAAUUGGGAACGCCCUAUUCCCUCUGCCCUGCUGUUUUGUCACUGUUGGUCUGAGAGAGCUGCAGUCGCCUCACAUACAAAUGGAUUCACCUACAGCUUCUUUUCACCUGACAGCAAGGAGCAUCACCUGAAGGGCAUAGCACACACAGAGGUUUUCACUGCAGGAUCCCACACAGGCUUCCCACCCACGAACACAGCCAUUUGUGCUGCCAGGGAUUAAAUUCUGGUACCCAAUAAUAUUAUAUACUUAUAUAUAACUGGAUUCCAGGUGAUAAAUUUUUUACAAAAACUUAAGGUUAAAGCUUAUCAACCCAAUUCAAUGCUUUGAGAAAAAUUUCUUAUUUCUCCCUUGAAAAGCCCUUCUUUUGUUGUCUCUGUAUAAGAGAUGGACUACACACUUUAAGCCUUUUCAAUCAGUUCCUGGGUCUGCUGUGGGAACAGUGUCACACCCACAGCUGCACGGUCACAUGCCAGUGUUUGCCAUGCACUGAUUAGACUCUCUGCCUUUGAUACCAGGGCAAAAGAAAGAACAUUCAUCAAAGAUCACACCCUGUAAACUACUCAAGGUUAGCACUGUAUGUGAGACCAAACAAAAAUGAUACUGUAUAUGCAGUCAUAACAUUCACCAUGGCAACUGCAAAUUCUAGGACUGAUAAAAAGCUUCAUUUGUCAAAAUGUCAUGAUGCCAUUCAUGCAUGGUGCGAUUCUCUGAGGAUAAGAACUGAACAGUCUCUUCUGCCCAAACAUUCAUACACACUGCCUCCUUACAAUGUGUUCCCAUAGCUGUUUUGUAUUAAUAAUAAUUUUUACCAAUAGCCAAAUAGAUGUAAAGGAUGAACAUUAUACAAAAGUAGUCCAAUUAUAAAAAACAAAAAAUUGCACAUUUGUAGAUCAUUAUCAUUCUUGCUGUGUUCAUUAGUGUGUCUGCUAAUCUACUGUGUUUGAAACUUUCUAUUAAACUUUUACAAUGCAGUAA